AUGAGCUCUUUCGCAUUUGUGGUGUCCGCCUUGGACAGAAUCGCCCAACAUGCCGGCCGCAACAAGCAACUGACCGAGCUUGCCGAAAAGGCACUUGCUGCCCUCAAAGAGAACGACCAGGACCUCCCGGACCCCGAAGUUGUCUUUGCGCCCCUGCAACUGGCCACCAAAACAGGCACCGUCCCUCUCACGACAACCGCGCUCGACUGCAUUGGCAAGCUCAUCUCGUAUUCCUACUUCACAGCGCCCUCCGCCCGCGCCCCAUCACAAGAUGGCUCCGAACAGGCGCCGCUCAUUGAGCGUGCCAUUGAUACAAUCUGCGAUUGCUUCCAGGGAGAGGGAACCCCGGGCGAGAUCCAGGUGCAGAUUGUCAAGUCUCUGCUUGCGGCGGUGCUCAACGACAAGAUCAUUGUGCACGGCGCAGGGCUGUUGAAGGCGGUGCGACAGGUCUACAAUAUCUUCUUGCUCUCCAGGAUUACCUCCAACCAGCAAAUUGCCCAGGGGACGCUCACACAAAUGGUUGGCACUGUCUUUGAGAGAGUCAAGACCCGGAUACACAUGAGAGAGGCACGGGCACAACUGGGACAAAAGCCCAGCCACAGCAGCCUGACCAUUGAUCGAUCAGACGACCAGGACACACAGACGGAGAAGGGCGAUAACGAUGAGGGAGCCACACCGCUGGACGAAAAGAGCGAGGCUGGCGCGAAGCUCACGCUCAAGGAUCUUGAACACCGCAAGAGUUUCGACGACUCUCACAUGGGCGACGGGCCUACCAUGGUGUCCCAGGUCAAGCCGGCAAAGAAAUCAACAAGAUCAGUUUCGGAGCAGAGUUUGGCAGAGGCGGCGCACGAGGACACGCCCGAGGCGCUGGAUGCCGAGGACGAGGCCUACAUCAGGGAUGCCUACCUCAUCUUCCGAUCCUUCUGCAACCUGUCCACCAAGGUCCUGACCCCAGAACAGCUCUACGACAUGCGCGGUCAAGGAAUGCGCUCCAAACUGAUCUCUCUCCAUAUUGUUCACACGUUGCUGAAUAACAACAUCGGCGUCUUUACCUCUCCGUUCUGUACCAUCACCAACACAAAGAGCAACGAGCCCACGAGCUUCUUACAGGCCAUUAAAUACUACCUUUGUCUCAGUAUCACCCGCAACGGCGCAAGCUCUGUGGAUAGGGUGUUUGAUGUGUGCUGUGAGAUUUUCUGGCUCAUGAUCAAGUACCUCCGAGCUCCCUUCAAGAUUGAGGUAUUCCUUAAUGAAAUUUAUCUUGCUCUCCUGGCCCGGAAGAACGCCCCUCUUUCUCAAAAGCUCGCCUUUGUUGGCAUCCUGAGGAGGUUGUGUGAUGACCCUCGGGCCUUGGUGGAAAUGUACCUCAACUAUGACUGUGACAGAAAUGUGGACAACAUUCUCCAAAGGAUAGUGGAGGACCUGUCCAAGUUCGCAACAGCCACGAUACCGAUAACGCCGAUGCAAGAACAGCAAUAUGAGGACAACCAUGCUAAGAACGGGGCUGGCGAGUGGCAGCUCAAGAGUGUCUUACCCCCUCCCCUUACUGCCGCCAUGAUCACAAACCCACACGAUACGGAUGGCGAUGUUCCCAAGGAAUAUGCGAUCAAGCGAGUGGCCAUUGACUCGUUGGUUGAAACGUUGCGGUCACUGCUUCAUUGGUCAGAGCCUGGCCGACCUGAGCUCAAUGGUGGCGGUGGGGAGGUAGAAAGAAGAGCGUCCAGCGAUGAGAUCAGGGAAUCGAUUGAUCCCUCCAUGAGCGAGAACGUACCCCGCAUCGACACACCAAUCCCGCCAUCGACCCCGGUGAUUGACGACGACCCAGACCAGCUGGAGAAGGAAAAGGCAAGAAAGACUGCGUUGAGCAACGCCAUCAAGAUCUUCAAUUAUAAGCCCAAAAAUGGCAUCAAGCUUCUGCUCAGGGAUGGCUUCAUCCCAAGCGACAAGCCUGAAGACAUCGCCCAGUUCUUGCUGCGCGAGGAUAGGCUGGACAAGGCGCAAAUCGGAGAAUACCUGGGAGAAGGCGACCAAAAGAACAUCGACAUCAUGCACGCCUUUGUUGACCUGAUGGAUUUCCGAAAGAAGCGCUUCGUCGAGGCUCUGAGGGAGUUUUUGCAGUCUUUCCGUCUGCCUGGUGAAGCCCAGAAGAUUGAUCGCUUCAUGUUGAAGUUUGCCAACAGAUACAUGACCGGCAACCCCAAUGCUUUUGCCAACGCCGACACUCCUUACGUGCUUGCUUACUCGGUCAUCAUGCUAAAUACCGAUUUGCACAGCUCCCAAGUCGUCAAGCGGAUGACCAAGGCUGACUUUAUCAAAAACAAUCGGGGUAUCAACGACAAUGCUGAUUUGCCGGACGAGUAUCUCUUGGGCAUCUACGACGACAUCCAAAGCAACGAGAUCGUUUUGAAGAGUGAGCGAGAAGCCGCAGCCCUUGCAGGUACUCUUCCUGCGCAGUCGACCGGUAUCGCGGCUGGAUUCGGCCAGGCCUUCUCGAAUGUUGGGAGAGACCUGCAGCGCGAGGCGUACGUCCAGCAGUCGGAGGAGAUUGCGCUGCGCUCAGAACAGCUAUUCAGGGACCUCUACCGCAGCCAGCGGAAGAAUGCCUCCAAGGCUGGCACAAAGUUCAUCCCAGCAACGUCUUUCAAGCAUGUUGGGCCAAUCUUUGAUGUCACUUGGAUGUCCUUCUUCUCUGCUCUUUCCGGCUUGAUGCAGGGGACACACAAUCUUACUGUCAACAAGCUGUGCUUGGAAGGCAUGAAGCUGGCCACCAGGAUCGCUUGUUUCUUUGAUCUGGCCACUCCCCGGGAGGCCUUCAUCUCGGUGCUCAAGAAUAUCGCCAAUCUCAACAAUCCACAAGAGAUGCAGGCCAAGAACGUUGAGGCUCUCAAGGUCAUCUUGGAGCUUGGCCAGACAGAAGGAAACCGGCUCAGGGAGUCCUGGAAGGAUGUUCUGCUCUGUAUCAGCCAACUUGAUCGGCUGCAGCUCAUCUCUGGUGGCGUGGACGAAAGUGCUGUUCCAGACGUUUCCAAGGCACGAUUUGUCCCACAACCAGCUGGACGACCAGACACGGCCGACUCUCGAAAGUCUACAUCCUCUUCCAAGAAGAACAGGCCACGAGCCCACACCGGCCCACAAGGAGUAUCGCUCGAGAUUGCACUCGAAAGCCGAUCUGAUGAGGUGAUCAAGAGCGUCGACAGGAUAUUUACAAACAGCGCCAACCUGUCGAGAGAAGCCAUCGUUCACUUUGCCCGCGCCUUGACCGAAGUCAGCUGGGAUGAGAUCAGAGUGUCUGGGUCAAAUGAGUCUCCUCGCACUUAUAGUCUGCAAAAGAUUGUAGAGAUUAGUUCUUACAACAUGACGCGUGUCAGGUUUGAGUGGACUCACAUUUGGGACGUUCUUGGUGAACACUUCAACCGAGUAGGAUGCCACGCCAACUACACGAUUGUCGUUUUUGCCCUGGAUGCUCUCCGUCAGCUUUCGAUGCGUUUCAUGGAUAUCGAGGAACUUGCUGGUUUCAAGUUCCAAAAAGACUUCCUCAAGCCCUUUGAGCACGUCAUGUCCAACUCAAGCGACAACAGAGUCAAGGACAUGAUCCUUCACUGCCUGGUUCAAAUGAUCCAGGCUCGGGGAGAGAACAUCCGCUCCGGUUGGAGGACGAUGUUUGGGGUCUUUACCGUGGCCGCAAGGGACCCAUCAGAGAAUAUUGUCAACCUCGCCUACGAGCACGUCAUUCAGGUCUACAAGACCAGGUUUGGCGUCAUCAUUUCUCAGGGCGCCUUCACCGAUCUUAUUGUAUGCUUGACGGAAUUCUCCAAGAACAUGAAGUUCCAGAAGAAGAGUCUCCAGGCAAUGGAGACGCUCAAGUCAAUCAUUCCGGCCAUGCUCAGGGCGCCUGAAUGCCCGCUCUCUCACAGGACUAAGAAGGUCGAGUCCGAUGCUUUGGUCAUGGAACAGCAGAGAGGAACCUCGGUCGAGGAAGGGUUCUGGUUCCCGGUCCUGUUUGCUUUCCAUGAUGUCUUGAUGACAGGUGAAGACCUCGAGGUCCGGUCCAAUGCAUUGAACUACUUUUUUGAAUCGCUUCUGCGGUAUGGUGGGGACUUCCCCUCGGAGUUUUGGGAUAUUCUUUGGAGACAGCAGCUUUAUCCCAUUUUUAUGGUUCUCCGCUCGAGGCCAGAGAUGACCAAUGCGCUCAACCACGAGGAGCUGUCGGUGUGGCUCUCAACAACCAUGAUCCAAGCCCUUCGCAACAUGAUCACGCUCUUCACUCACUACUUUGACGCCCUCGAGUACAUGUUGGACCGGUUUUUGGAGCUCCUGGCUCUCUGCAUUUGCCAGGAGAACGACACCAUUGCUCGAAUUGGCAGCAACUGUCUGCAGCAGCUCAUUCUCCAGAACGUCACCAAGUUCACUCCCGAGCACUGGUCCAAGAUCGUCGGUGCCUUUUGCGAGCUGUUUGAGAGGACGACAGCAUACCAGCUCUUUUCCGCCACCACCAUCAACUCAACCGCUUCGUUGUCGCCACCUCCCAACGGGCUGGACUUUGGUGCUGCCCUGAGCCCAACCUCGGAGGCUCACCCAGUCGACGAGAAGUCUCUCAAGAUCAACGGCACAGAGUCCAACGGCCACGUUUCCGACACCGAAGUGCCACCCAUCGUGGUGGAAAGCAGCCCAGAAACAGACGCCUCACCCGCCUCCGCCAACCCCUCGGCCAUGGCAGCCACCCCAAUCACCCCCCAACUGGAAGAAUUCAAGCCCACCAACACGCUCCAGCAGCAGCCGGUAGUCGUCACAGCCGCCCGGCGCAAGUUUUUUAACCGUAUCAUCUCCCGCUGCGUCCUCCAGCUCCUCAUGAUUGAAACGGUCAACGAGCUCUUCUCCAACGACGCCGUCUACGCGCAGAUUCCCUCCGCCGAACUCUUGCGCCUGAUGGCCCUCCUCAAGAAAUCCUUCCUCUUCGCCAAGCGCUUCAACGCGGAUAAGGAGCUGCGGAUGAGGCUCUGGAGGGAAGGGUUCAUGAAGCAGCCUCCCAACCUGCUCAAGCAAGAAUCCGGCAGCGCGGCAACAUACGUGGCGAUUUUGUUUAGGAUGUUUGGGGACAAGUCGCCUCAGCGACAGGACAGCAAGGGGGAUGUGGAGGCUGCGCUUGUACCGCUUUGCCAGGAUAUUAUACGGGGGUAUAUCACGCUGGAUGAGGAGUCUCAGCACAGGAACAUUGUGGCGUGGAGGCCGGUGGUGGUGGAUGUGCUGGAGGGGUUUGCCGGGUUCCCGGAGGAGAGUUUCAAGGAGCAUAUCAAGAACUUUUACCCCUUGGUUGUGGAGUUGUUGGGGAAGGAGUUGGGGAGUGAGCUGAGGGGGGCGUUGCUUGGGGUUUUGAGACGGGUGGGGGAGGUUGGGUUGGGGAUUGAGAAUAUGGGGCUUUGUACUGCUGGGUUGAAUGGGGAGGGUGGGCAAGUGGGGGGACACCAUGGGAGGAGUCAUAGUGUUUUUAGUGUGCAGGCUGGUCAUCAGGGGGAUGGGGGGGAGGAUCCGUCUAGUAGGUUUAUGGGACGGGGGUGA